ACUUCUACUCUCUGAGCUGCGGGCUCUUGCGGUUGGACACACCUGGCCAGUGCCUCAGGUUUUAAGCAGGGGUAAAGAAGACUCAGGAAGGACAUAGGAGGGAAAAUAACAUAGAAAGAGACCGCUAGGAACAGACCAGACCAUGGCUGAUAUCACAGAAAACAUAUGGAAUAUUACUGAUCUAUGGGAGUUGUUUGAUGGAGUUUUAAAUUUCACUGGCAUGCCACCCUUAGAAGAAGAUGUUGUCCCUUGUAACACAGAAACUGAGACACUCAACAAGUAUGUUGUGGUCACCAUUUAUGCUCUGGUGUUCCUGCUGAGCCUGCUGGGAAAUUCCCUGGUGAUGCUGGUCAUCUUAUACAACCAGGUCAGCCGCUCUGUCACGGAUGUCUACCUGCUGAAUCUGGCGAUAGCUGACCUGUUAUUUGCCCUGACACUGCCCAUUUGGGCUGCUUCCAAGGAGAAUGGCUGGACUUUUGGCACACCGCUAUGCAAAGUGGUCUCGCUCCUGAAGGAAGUCAACUUCUACAGUGGUAUUCUACUGCUGGCAUGCAUCAGCGUGGAUCGUUACCUGGCCAUUGUCCAUGCCACACGCACGCUGACCCAGAAGCGCCACUUGGUCAAGUUCAUAUGUCUGGGCAUCUGGGUACUGUCUCUGAUUCUGUCCCUGCCCUUUUUCCUUUUCCGCCAGGCCUAUCGUCUUCCCUAUUCCAGCCUCAUAGUCUGCUAUGAGGACAUUGGGAACAAUACAGAAAAAUGGAGGCUGGUGCUCCGGAUCCUGCCUCAGACCUUUGGCUUCAUCCUGCCGCUGCUAGUCAUGGUAUUCUGCUAUGGUUUCACCCUGCGCACACUGCUGGAGGCCCACAUGAAGCAGAAGUACCGGGCGAUGCAGGUCAUCUUUGUUGUCGUACUCGUCUUCCUGCUUUGCUGGCUGCCCUACAACCUGGUUCUGGUCACAGACACCCUGAUGAGGACUGGGGUGAUCAAGGAGACCUGUGAGCGUCGAAACGACGUUGGCCGGGCCCUGGAUGCCACUGAGAUUCUUGGCUUCCUCCACAGCUGCCUCAACCCCAUCAUCUAUGCCUUUAUUGGCCAGAAUUUUCGCAAUGGAUUCCUCAAGAUCCUGGCUGCCCGUGGCCUGGUUAGCAAGGACUUCUUGGCACGUCAUCGCAUUACCUCCUAUACUUCUUCCUCUAUCAAUGUCCCUGCAAACCUCUGAAACCAUCAGUCAAAGAAUGUUUCAUCUUCAUAAGGAAAUGAAAUGAUAACCAUCACCCCAGAGGGUGAGUGGUCUGGCUGUGGAGAGAUACUAUCUGGGUUUGGCAGAGAGGCGAUAGAAUGUGUGGAAGUUAGAGAUUGGUGUCUUCAUGGGCCAAGUCCACUUUCUAAGGAUGUGCUGAGAUACUACUAAGGAGGAACCUUGACACCUCCAUGAAAAGGAUGUGUCAUAAUUUCUGCUGAACUCUUGCAUCUUUGACUUGCUUGCUUGGUAAUUACCAUGGCCACAUCUGAAACCUGAAUCUGCCAUUAGAACAAAGAGUUGGAACUGAAGCUGUUUCCUUAUGUGGGCUCGAUUGUCUUGUUGACUCUCCCCAAAACAUCACCUCAACCCUGAGCAUUAUACCAACUUUCCCACUAGGCUGUUUGGCAGCACUUCGUCCUCUGAUCAGAGCUGAUGGAAAUGUUUUCUCAUUUUGGGUAGUGUCUGCUGGGGACAUUGAGGCAGGUGCUACCUAAACAUCAAACCACCACAUGGUCUUGUGAUGCAGUUUUGAAAACAUUUUCCUCUUGGGAGUGAUGGGUGGACAAAGGGAGAGAGGGGUUGGGAAGGCAGAACUCUUGCAAGAGGGUCGCCUUUGUCCCAUAACAAACAUUGUACGCAGAAUGUGUUGGGCGCCAUUUGUGCAUGAGGCCAUGCUGUGCCUUAUAUGGAACAAGAUGAGCAGCUUUUAGCCUUUUCCCUCUUGGAGCUUCUGGUCUGAUAUGGACCAUCAGCAACUUCACAAACCCAUACAGAGUCAUCAAUCGGCUGGACGGUUAUAUUUUUCUAAUAAAUUUCUGUUCCAUAUUGGCCCUUCUGGAAGAACCUUUGUUGUGACAUAGAGUAAGUUUUGUGUGUGGUGGUGUUGGCUGUUCCUGCAGUAGAAUGGGGGCAGCACCCAAAGAAGAGUCACCUGUCUGGGUUGAUGGGCAGUGUUCCCUGGGGCUUUAACUCCUGCUAGAACAGACUCUUGGGGGCACAUAAACUCCUUUUCCAGGCUCCCUUAUAUUAGCUUCCUGGCCCUCCAAAUAAUCCCAUAGUACCUCACAGUCUCCCCUUUGCAACACUCAGCACACUUUAUUUCAGUUAUUU